AUGUUUGAUUUAGAUACUUCAUUAAUUGUAUUUUAUAUUUUUGUUUUUUCUGUAUUUAAUUUCCUUAGUACCGCAAUCAUCGUCAAAUACUAUCGUCCACAACAUCAACAAAACAAUAAUGUUCAAAUGUUUAAUAGAGAAGAUGUUGAUCGUCUUUUGGAAAACCAAAAGAAUGAAAUUAUGAUGAAGUUUUCCGAAGAAAAGGCAAUCCUAUCAAAGGAAAAUGCGGCUAUUCAAUCAAAAUUAGAAAAAAAUCAAAAUAAUUCUUUAAAAUUAAAAAGAUUGCUAUCAGUUUAUGAAAAUGAAAUGAAGGUGAUACUAGGUCAACCUUUAUCAGAAACUGGCUCAGCAAAAUUAAAAAAGGCAUUAAACCAAAACGAACAAUUAAAAAAGAAAACCAUUGAGCUUGAAGAAACAAACUCCAAACUUAAUAAUGAAAUUCAAGCUCAGGUUUAUAAAUUUAAUGCCCUCAGAGUACGUACAGAGUCAAGAUUGGAAAAUGCAUCAGAGCAAUUAUCUGAAAUAAAAAAGGUUGCAAAUAAAGAAAUUUUGGCACUAAGAUUAAAAUUAAAAGAUUCACAAUCCAGAUUAGCUUUGGAAAAAAAACAAUACGAUGAUAUGGCCAAAUCAUCUGUUGAAUUUUUUUCAAAUGCUCCAAAUUGCAACAGUUAUGAAUUAUCUAACCACUCCAGUGAUAAUUCAACUAGUAAUGGAUCAGAUAUAAAUUCUCCAAUUUGUCCAAGCUCCUCAUCAAGCUUAAAUAGUAAUUCAUGGACCACUUCUGAUAGCCCACCCCUUUCAUCAUUUGAUGAUGAAACUGACAAUUUAAAAAAAUGUAAUUAUUUUAGUUUAUUUGGUAAAUUUCAAUAUUUUAAUCCAAUCCAAUGUUGCCCAAACAACUGUACUAGUCCAGAAAAUGUUCAAUUUGAUACUACAACGGGUCAAUGCUCUUGA